AUGGCGGAGAAGCCGUCGGUGUUGAUCAUCGGCGGUCUUGGCUACAUCGGCCGCUUCCUAGCCCUCCACAUCCACGAGAACGACCUCGCAUCCGACGUGCGCAUCGUCGACAAAGUCCUCCCACAGCUGGCAUGGCUGCCGCCCGUGUUUGAGAAGGCAUGCGCCGGGCCCAAGUUUGUGCAGGCCGAUGCGAGCAGAGAACAAUCCCUCCCUAAGAUCUUCGACCGUGACGACGGGAAACAGUGGGACUAUGUUUUCAACUGCGGCGGCGAGACCCGCUACUCCCAAGAGGACGAGGUGUACAAGCUGCGCUCGCUCGACCUGUCGCUCACGCUGGGUCGGGAAGCGGCCAAGCGGGGCGUCAAGUGCUUCGUUGAGCUCAGCACCGGGAUGGUCUACAAACCAGACUCAGUGCCAAGUAAGGAGAGCGACAAGUUGAAACCAUGGAGCAAGAUCGCCAUCUUCAAGCUGCAGGCGGAAGAAGAACUGGCCAAAAUUGAAGGACUCAACCUCGCCGUGGUACGGCUCCCCCACAUAUACGGGCCAUAUGCCUCGCAAUGGGUAGCCACGGCUCUGUGCAUGGCGCGCGUCUACAAAGCGCUCGAGUCCGAGAUGAAGUGGCUUUGGACGAAAGACCUGCGCACCAACACGGCGCACAUCGACGACGUGGUGCGCGCUCUGUGGGCCGUCGCCGGCUGGUACACGACGAACGGUCAGGGCAAGGCUGGAUGGGACGUCAAGGCCAUGGGCAACAAGGUCCCCACUUUCAACGUCGUCGACAAGGGCGCGACCACGCAGGGCGCCAUGGCCGACAUCAUCGGGCAGGUGUUUGGGAUCGAAACGGGGUUCCAGGGGCAGUUGAUCAGCACGUUUGCCAAGCUCAACCUGGACAGCGUCGUCGACGAUGUGAAUGACGAGUUGUUGGGGCCCUGGGCCGACUUGCUUGCUGAGGCGGGGAUCACGCGGCCGGGUCCGUUGACGCCGUUUAUGGAGCGCGAGCUGCUCAAGGAUACCGACUUGAGUAUGGACGGGUCGAGGUUAGAGCAGGUGGUGGGGUUCAAGUAUGAGAAGCCCAAGAUCACCAAGGAGUUGGUCGAGGAGGUGAUUGAGAGCUACAAGGUUAUGAAGUGGUGGCCUUGA